GGAAGUCAGGCUGAUAUUCUCUCCAGGGGGGCAACAGUUGAGCACCUGCGCCGGGCAAAGGUUGAUCCUGGUCUGUCCUGCACCUGACAACGACUUUCAAUCAGCUCUGUCCCAGAGGAAGCAAAUACGAGAUGAGUGUCCAAGAGGGUUCGGUUAUGAGCAAUGGUGUUGCAGUCAUGGAUGGUAAAGCUGAGAGCAUCUGUACCCAAAAGGCACUGUUAGAUUCCACAAACUUAAAAAUUCACUCGACCCUCAUCCUCAAUGGAGAAGAAACCACAUCUGAGCUGGAGGAAGCCACUGAGGGACUUUCACUGGAGGAGCCCAAGGCAGUUCCUUUGACAACGGCCAACAGACCAGCGCCUCUGGCCCCAGCGGACAAGCUGUGGAGCACCAGCAGAGACAAGGCAGUCAGGCUGAGGAUGGAGGGCUCGGGCCCGGCCUCAGAGACUCCCAUCACCAUCCAUCAGCUGUUUCUGGAGACGGUGGAAGCGUACGGGGAUCAUCCAGCCUUGGCUUCCAAAAAAGGGGGCCAGUGGGAGACCCUGUCGUGGAGGCAGUACUAUGAGCAGUGCCGGGCUGCAGCUAAGAGUUACCUCAAGUUGGGGCUGGAGCGUUACCAUGGCGUGGGGAUUCUGGGAUUCAACUCCGCCGAAUGGUUCAUCUCAAAUGUCGGCUGCAUCUUUGCAGGAGGUCUGGCAACUGGAAUUUACACCACCAACUCGCCCGAAGCUUGUCAGUAUGUGGCUGCAAACAGUGAGGCCAACGUCAUGAUUGUGGAAAACCAGAAACAGCUCGACAAAAUCCUGCAGGUUAAAGAUCAUCUGCCUCAUCUGAAAGCUAUUGUCCAGUAUAAAGGCGAACUGCAGCAGAAAGCACCGUUCCUGUAUACAUGGGCAGAGUUCAUGAAGCUGGGAGAGGAUGUGCCAGACGAGCAGUUAAAUAAUGUGAUUGACAGUCUUCGGGCCAACGAGUGCUGUUCUCUCAUCUUCACCUCUGGAACCACCGGCAACCCUAAAGGAGUCAUGUUGAGUCAUGACAAUCUGACAUGGACAGUCAGAACAGCAACUAACACGCUCAAUUUAAAGCACGCUGAGGAGGUGGUGGUCAGUUACCUGCCGCUCAGCCACGUGGCAGCCCAGCUGGUUGACAUGUGGUUGUGUAUUUCUUUUGCCGUGACGGUCUACUUUGCAGAUCCAGACGCCCUCAAGGGCUCCUUGGUAAACACACUUAAAGAGGUUCGUCCGACUUGUUUCCUGGGGGUUCCUCGUGUGUGGGAGAAGAUGCAGGAGAAAAUGAAAGCUGUCGGUGCCAAGGCUUCACCAAUGAAGAGGACAGUGGCAGGCUGGGCAAAGUCUAUAGGCCUGCAGUACAACUACAGUGUCAUGAACGGGGAGAAUCAGGUGCCCUGGGGCUUCAUGUUGGCUAACAAUCUGGUCUUUAAGAAGGUCCGUGAUGCGCUGGGCCUGGACCGCUGCAAGUUAUGCUUCACAGGCGCUGCGCCCAUCACCAAAGAGACUCUGGAGUACUUCAUGAGCCUGAACAUCCCUUUGUUGGAGCUAUACGGCAUGAGUGAAAGCUCCGGCCCACACACCGUCUCCAGUGGCACCUUUUACCGCAUGACAAGCUGUGGAAAAGGGAUGCCAGGCAGCAAGACGAAGCUGGAGAACCCAGAUGAGGACGGCAGCGGAGAGAUAUGUAUGUGGGGUCGGCACAUCUUUAUGGGCUACCUGGACAUGCCGGACAAAAUGUCAGAGGCUCUCGACCAGGACGGCUGGCUUCACUCUGGAGAUCUGGGAAGACACGACCAGAAUGACUUCCUGUACAUCACAGGAAGGAUCAAAGAACUGAUCAUCACUGCAGGUGGAGAGAACAUCCCUCCUGUGCCCAUUGAGGAUUUAGUGAAGGCCGAGGUGCCCAUCAUCAGCAACGCCAUGCUGUUGGGAGACAAGCUGAAGUUCCUCUCCAUGCUGCUCACACUCAAAUGCGUGGCGGAUGACAACGGCGAGCCCACGGAUGAGCUGAGCCCCGAGGCUUUGAUCUUCUGCCAGCAGCACGACGUCACAGCCACCAAGGUGUCCGAGAUCAUAGCCAAUAAGGAGCCAGCUAUUUACAAAGCCAUACAGGAAGGCAUGGAGCGCGUCAACGCCAGAGCAACGUCCAACGCCCAGAAGAUCCAGAAGUACGUGAUACUGGAGCGAGACUUCUCUGUCGAUGGAGGUGAACUGGGACCUACCUUGAAACUGAGGAGACCCAUUGUUGUGAAGAUGUACCAGGAGAAAAUAAAUGAAUUGUAUGCAGUGGCCGCUGAGAGACCGUAGACUGUGCUGAACAAAGAUGAGAUAAUACCUGGGGCAUGUUCUUAUUGUUCCCAGACGUCAUGUUAAGAAAUGUGUAAAUCUCUUUACACCUGAAUGUUAACAGUGCAAAAGAGGUUUAAAUUAUGUUGUAUUUAAUGGAAUAGAUGUUUGAGCUACGUUUUAAUAUGUUUAGGUCGUGUGUUUCGAGGCAAUGUUUAAGUUGUUAAAUGUACAUACGGUUUCAAAGCAGCUGUGCACUUUUUGUAAAUAAAAUAUCCAAAUCAGAGCCAAAUCUUGCCAUUUACUGUUGGCAUACAGGUACAUUGAAUGUCCACACACUGGUUAUCAUUCUUACAGCUUUUGAAGGAAAUUUUGUGAAUCUACUGUGGCUUGAAAGAUGAAACUCUCUUGUAUUGGUCAUCAGCAUACCAGUAUGUAGUUUAUUUUUGAAGCAGAAAUGUCUAUUUAAACAUUUUAAAGCAGUAAUUGCUAGUUUUCUGUCUCAUGCUUUGAGAUAAUCCAAAUCUAGCAAAGCUGCAGACCUCACCUCCGAUGGAUGAAGACUGCAUGGAGGUGAUGUUUGAAUAAAUAUAUCUUUAAGAUAAGAAUAGAAUCCAACCACGUGCAAUAAAGUGAAAUUGCAAAGCAUACAUUUUAAUUUGUGCUUCUCCAUGUACAGUUUGACAAAUUGUUUAAUGUUAAUUGUGUGAUUGAUGUCCCAUGAUUGUUAAUUAAAAGUGAUUG